UGCCAAUCCAAAUUUGUUUUGCUUGGCCUAUUUUGCUGGUCUCCAAAACGAAAAUUAAAGUAUAUAUAUAGUAAACCCAUGCGAGCGCGGUUAGUUCUCGUCUGCAGGAUUACAUGUCAUAAAGGCUGGAAUAAAACAGUGGGUACAAACUAAGCAAAGCGAAAAUGGCCGAUCCGUGGCGCACUUCAAACCAAGCUUAUGGGGCUAACGUCCCCAGCAAUCCUAAAACAAACACAGGACAGCCACCAAAUGUUGAUCGAGCAACCAAACCAACAGGUGCCGAAUGGGCUAAGAUUAUGACAGAGAAGGGGAAAAACACAUCGGCAGCUCAUACUGGAAACACAAGUCAGCAAAACAUGGACUGGGAUGAUGAUAAAGCAGCAUCUCGAGGUUAUCCGCACACAAGCGGAGGUGGAAAUACCCCGAAAGCUUCCUCCGAAUCACGAUAUUCAGGGCAUCAUCAGAGACAAGACCAAAUUCAGAGAUCACUGGAAGCGAGCAAACAAAUGCUGUUCAGUGUAUAUGGCAACCUGGUGGCCAUCGUAGAGGAGUUCGAAAGGCGAGAAGACGUAGGGCAGAAGACCAAAUUACCAAAGUCAAACAUAUACAUGCCGGACCAGACAAGAAAAUCGGACGAGGAUGUACAAGCCGUCUUGGAGACCCAGCUGAUUCUGUUCCAACAGCAAGCUGCAGCCUGUCCACCGGGUGUAAUGCAGACUGCGAGGGAUGACAUGAAAAAGAAAACCCUCGAGUGGGCAGCCGUUCGCUCAGAGCAUAAACAUGAUUAUACUGCUGCAGACAGUUAUAUCGGACAACUGUAUGAAAUUCUGUCACAGGGAAAAACGCAUCACUCUUUCUACGACAAACCAAGCCCGGAGAUUGAUGCCCGGACUAUCCAGGACAACAUGCCAUACAUCAUGUCAGGGAAGCACGAUGCGGCCAUGCUGGACAAGGAUUUCAAACAGAACGGGGAAAAGCGCGCAGUCAUGCCGGACAUCCGACAGGCGACACUGGAUCAUGCAUACAGAAGGGGUGCCGACAGAAUAGUGAAUAUGAAACCAGACUUGCGUACCAUUCUAAUGGCAGAUGUGGAACGUUUCGAACGUGACGCUCCUGCCAACAUUCGUUAAACAUAUGUUCGCCCGCUACAUUCACACGUGGGGCUAAGAAGUCACACAUAGCACGAUAUGUUUUAAAUUGCUGCAUGGUUGAAUUCUGUACAUUGAUUUCCCUUUAGUCGAAGCAUCUUUAAUUAUAAUUGAACGUGUUAAAAGUAGUAAAUUCAUUGAACCGUAUAAUGGUAUACCUUGUUUGCAUUUACCGUGUAGUCCAUAUUAAAGCAGUAUAUUUUAAUAUGCGAAAGUAAACGAACUAUUUCAGGUUUCAUCUCCAAGCCAUCGUAUAAAAAGACAACAUGCGUUAAGAUAAGUUUAUUAGAUCGUUUUGUUAUGUGUUUGUGAACCAUAAAUUAUGUUUAUUACAGAGUAAUUUAUGUUUAAUUUCUUUAAGCAUACAUUAUUAACUAUAUGAAAUAAAUUGAAUAAAUUAACUUGAAAAUA